AUGUGGCCGGGCGGGCUCGGCGCUGGGGUGCUGUGCUUGGUCCUGUCCCUCGUGCUGCUCAAGGCCAUCUACCGCCUGUUUCUGAGCCCACUCGCCGGCAUUCCCGGGCCAAGCCUGGCGGCUCUCACGUCGUGGUACGAGUGCUACUUCGACGUCGCCAAGCCCGGGCAAUACGUUUUCAAGAUCAAGCAGCUGCAUGAGCAAUACGGGCCCGUGGUCCGAAUCACCCCCUCGGAGGUGUCAAUCUCCGACCCGGAAUUCCUCGACACCAUCUAUGCCCCCGGCCCCGGCCACAAGCGGGACAAGGACCUCAACAAGGUGAAGGGCCUCGGCAUCAACACUUCGGUCGGCGGCGCAGUCUCGCACGAUCUCCACAGGCGGCGCCGCGAAGCGUUGAACCCUUUCUUUUCGAAACAGAACGUUGCCAGGCUGGCCCCGCGCCUCAGGAGCAAGGUCGGCCAACUGGAGCGUCACUUUGCGCAGGCCCGAGAGAGUGGAGCUGUGCUCAACCUUUCAGAUCUGUACUUUGGGCUUGCGAACGACGUGGUCCGUGAAUACUGCUUUGGCCAUGGCCAAGAUCUGCUGGCAGACCCGGCACUGGCGCACACGCAGCGCGAAAACGUCUCCGGCGUACUGCGCAGCGUGAAGUUUAACCUUCACUUCCCUUGGGUGCGCGACCUGCUGCGGAAGCUGCCCCCUAGCAUUGGGGCGCGCUUCACUCCGCCCGGCGUGCGCGACAUGAUCCAGUUCCGCAUAGGGAUCCGCAGGGAAAUCCGCGACAUCCUCGCGCACAAACAUGACGGCCGAAGCAGCAGCAGCCGCUCCGACCCGACCAUCUUCACCGCGCUACGCGACAGCCCAAUCCUCCCACCGCCCGAGAAGGCGCCGCACCGACUCGAAGACGAAGCCACGCUGCUCGUCAUGGCCGGCACCGAAUCGACCGCCAAAUCCCUCACCCUGGCGCACUGCCACCUCCUCGCCAACCCGCCCGCCAUGGCCAAGCUGCGCGCAGAGCUCGCCGAUCGCGACCUGCCCACCACCACCCCGCCCGACCAGCUGCCCUACCUCAACGGCGUCAUCCAGGAGGCGCACCGCCUCAGCUUCGGCCUGACGGGGCGGAACCCGCGCGUCGCGCCCGACGAGCCCAUCGUCUACCACUCCGGCUCGAAAACCUUCACCUUCCCGCCCGGCACGCCGCUCAGCACCUCCACGCUGCUGGUGCACACCAACGAGGCCCUCUUCCCGGAUCCGUGGCGGUUCGAGCCGGCGCGCUGGCUCGGCCCCGCGGGCGCCGCGCGCCGCAGGUACAUGCUGGCCUUCAUGAGGGGGCCGCGGAUGUGCAUCGGGAUGCACCUGGCCAACGCGGAGAUGGCGGCGGCGGUGGCGGCCAUGGCGCGCUGGGACAUGCGCUUGGUGGACACGACGGCGGACGACGUGGCGUUCUUGCAUGACUACCAUGUUGCGACGCCGAGGUUGGACUCGAAGGGCGUGAGGGUCGAGGUUGUCGGUAGGGCCAGCUAAGGAGGGUAGUAGCGUGUGGAAGUCAACUGGUACAGUGCCGAACGGUCGCAUGGGUCGCGCUCGAACUUGACGCGGACCCCGGCCUGUCUGAAAGCGGCGUCGCUGCGCAGCAUCCGACACGCCCACUCCGCCUGGCAGCGGUAGCUGCCAAAGCGCCACUCCAAGACGUUGAUGACUUUGCCUGUGACGAGGGCGAUCACGUCGUCAGUCUCGUAAACGAACGCGGCCGAGAAGAGAGCCGAUAGGUUCGCCGUAUUCACCAAGUCCUUCGGGCCAGCGAUGCUCAGCACGCGCGUGUGAUCCGCUGGGGCGCUCGGGGCGGCCACGCGAUUCCGAUCCGGGCGCACACAGACCCGGCGAUUGCCGACGAUGAAGCUCGGUUGUUCGGCGCUAUUGGACCGCUUGAGGAAGGUUUGCGCGGCGGCAGCAGCGAAAAAAAAGUGACCUUCGCCGCCGAGGGACCGUGUUCCCAAGUCGGAGGAUACACUACGCUCGCCCAA